CCCACAAUUGGAAGUAUUAGGUGUCGUCAUCUUUAAAAAUGACAAUGGGCCAUUUGCUUCGUUCUUUGAUUAUCAUCGGCUUGGCUAUUCAGCUUUGCAAUGGAACAUGCUAUUGGAGUAAACCAAAACAAAAGAAAAUAUCAAUCAGCUCAUGUUCGACUAGUAGUUCUUCCUCAACAACAACUGUUAGAACUUCGUCGAAAUUCAAUGUUUUAAAUUCAAAGAAUAAAAUUGAAGAUCUUGAAAAAGGUCUUACAAAAAUUAGCAAUAACUCUGAAGAAGACAGCAGCGAGUACAAUGAUGAAAGUUGUGAGGACUUGGAUUACAGGGAUAGUCAAUCAACAAGGAAAUUACAAACAUUUGUACAUAGUCGUGCUCUUUCGAAAAAAAUUAAGAAAACACUAAGAAAGGCGGCUAAAAAGGUCAUAAGAAAAAAGAUUAUUCCUUUAGUUGCGAACAAAAUUAUUGGGUCUGUCAUGACCAGAUCUACUGGUAAUGACUUUCAAAAAUCGAUACAUCAAAGUACGAGCACAACAAUUACGUCAAGCACAAACACUAUGGGUAUUAAUGGAAACAUAUUUCUGUCAAUACCAAAAGGAUACGUGGCAAACACAAUGUCAACAACAACAACUAGGUUAUUAACUGAAGAAGAAGCUAUUCGUUUAGGACUCUUGAGUGGCACGUUAAUUAGUGGAAGCCAAACAUAUUCGUCUUAUCAAAAUGGUGCACAAUUCAGUUCAUCUGGUAGCAGUGCUAGUAGAUCUAUCGAUAGUGAGAUGACGCAAGUACAAAACAAUGAAAAUGGAUAUUAUUUAAACAGUAAUAUACAGAAUGUUGCAAGGUCAGAUGGUUUAAAAAGUAUAAAUGGAAAUUCACAACAUUUUAGUAAAUACACAUCAGUACGUAAUAAUAUGAACAAUAAUAUGCAUCAUGCAAAUUAUAAACAAAAUAUGGCUAGAUUGUAUAACCUAAAAAGAACUAAUUUGUUGCAACAUAAAAUCAAUCAACUUAAAACAUCAAAGAAUGUUUUAGAUGAUGAUGAAGGUAUCACAAAUAAUUAUAAAAAUGUUAAGACUUCAGGACGAUUUAAUCAAUUUACAUCAAAUAAUAAUAAUAAAAUAAAUAAUAGUAUUAAUAGUUAUAAAAUUAAUCAACUACGUAAAACAAUUAAGUCAAGACUUGAUCAAAAAGCUAGCACUAAAAACGAUAGUAUAAAAUCUAAUAGACUAGAUUGUAAUAAAUCAGUUAAAUCAAAAUCUUCUGAAGACUCAAAUGGGGACGAAAAUAAUGAGUCAAACUCAAUUGGUAAACAAUUUGUAGAGGAUAAAGACAAUGAAAAUGAUGAAACUGAUGAUAAAGAAAAUGAAAAUGAUAAAUCUGAGGAUAAAGACGACGAAAAUGAUAAAGCAGAGAAUAAAGACGACGACAAUGAUGAAGCAGAGAAUAAAGAAGACGAAAAUGAUAAAGCAGAGAAUAAAGACGACGACAAUGAUGAAGCAGAGAAUAAAGACGAUGACAAUGAUGAAGCAGAGAAUAAAGACGAUAACAAUGAUAAAACUGAGAAUACCGAAAAUGAAAAUGAUAAAACCGAGAAUAAAGACAAUGACAAUGACAAACCUGAUGAUAACGACUCUGAAAAUGAUGACAGUGAAGAGGAAGAAACAUCAGAAGACGAAGUAUCGGUGUAUGAAUAUUUGAAUACAUUCCAGAAGUUCAGAUUUGAUAGUGGUAUGAAUUCUGUUGGUAUAAUAGGAGAAGUCUUAAGUCAAUUGGAUUAUCAACGUUAUAAACUCAUGGAUGAUAGCAUAUAUCCCCAAGAUUCCACGCGUUAUGUCAUAAACGAUGAAGAGUUCGAUUUUAUCAUUAUCGGUGGUGGUAAUGCGGGAUGCGUUCUAGCAAACAAGCUAUCUGAAAAUAUCAAAUGGAAAGUAUUAUUAAUUGAAGCAGGCGGGGACCCCUUCCCUAUAACGCAAAUUCCUAGUUUAUGGGACAGGUCACUAAAUAGUGUUGCAGACUGGCAGUUCAAAAUACAACCAGAUAGUACGACUGGAUUUGGAAUUGGAGGUAAUAUGAAAAUACAUAAAGGAAAAUGCUUAGGAGGAAGCAGUACCACGAAUGCUCAACUUUAUGUAAGAGGGAGUGAACAACUAUAUAACUCACUUGUUAAAAAAGGUUUAAAGAAUUGGUCUUACAAUACAACGGAGACCUACUUCAAAAAAGUCGAAAGAAUUCGCUCAAUUACAAAAACUGAAACAAACACUACCAUUUAUGGAAAAUGUGGUCUUAUCCCUGUAAGCAAAUUCCGAAAAACUGAAGUAAGCGUUUUAGAAAAAAUAGUAUGUUCUGGUUUUGAACAUAUUGGUUGUAAAAAAGAAAGUGACAUCAACGAAAAAGAUAUUGAAGUUGGAUUUGUUUCAAUGCAAGGAAUAAUAAAGAACGGUAGAUCUAUUAACACCGCUAAGGCAUAUCUAAGCCCAAUUUUCGGCCGUGAAAACUUAAAAGUUAUGAAAUAUUCCAGAGUUACAAAAAUUAUAGUGAACAAAACAGAAAUGAAGGCGACUGGAGUUGAAGUACAUACGAAAUUCGGUCAAAUUCUAACAAUAAAAGCUAAAUUAGAAGUUUUACUUUGUGCUGGGGCUGUUGGUUCUGCUCAGAUAUUGUUGGCCUCGGGUAUUGGGCCUAAAAAGCAUUUGUCUGAAAUGGAAGUUCCAGUGGUCAAAGACUUAAAAGUAGGUGAGAAUUUCCUAAUUACUCCAGUGUUUACUGGCUUUGUUAUCUCCUACGACAAAUCAGUGGUUUGUAACCAGACAGAUGAAGAAAUUGCCUUCAAAUACUUGGCUAGACAUUCAGGACCCUUAAGUAGACCAAACGGUAUGAGCUUUGGUGGAUUCUUAAACACUGGUAUGUCUGGUUCUUCAUUCGCCGAUAUUGAAGUUCAUCAAUUUUACAUUCCCAAAAACUCUUAUUCAAAGUUAUGCCAACUAAAAUCAAUGUUUGGAUUUAGUGAUAAUUUGUUAUCGGUGUAUGCUAAAUUGAAUUACGAACGUGCUAUUUCUAUUUUUACAAUAGCUUUAAUAAACACGAAAAGUACCAGCAAAAUUCUUUUAAGAAGUAAGAACCCAUUGGACAGUCCGAUUAUUGUUGGCAAUAUGUUGACGGAGAAACACGAUGUGAAAAGUUUUCUCGAAGCUAUCAAAUUACUCUCCAAAAUUGAAAAAUCUGAUGGAAUGAAGUUAGUAAACGCGAAGUUAGAAGAUAUUGACCUCGAUGGAUGUGCGAAAUACACUAAAAAGACCAAUGAGCACUGGGAGUGUUUAUUAAAAUACAUGGUGUCUACAACGUCAAGUACUGCUGGAUCAUGUCGUAUGGGAUUAGAAACUGACACAGAUGCUGUUGUUGACAGUGAGCUGAACGUGAUUGGUAUUUCUAAUUUGCGAGCAGUAGGUCGAUCUGUUUUGCCAAUGAUUACUAGUGCUUACAGUCAUGUGCCUUGUAUCAUGGUCGCUGAAAGGGCAUAUGGUAUGAUAAAAAGUAAAUACAACUAAGAUCCAAAAUACUGAAUUUAAUAUUGUUUUAGAAUUUAAGACACUGUGUUAGCAUUAUUACGAUAUUCAUUAAAAAUCAAAGGAAUCAAGUUCUCUUUACGAAAAAAAACAAAUAAAAUACUUAGCACAUUAAA